AUGCAGCCGCUAAAGAAGGUCGGACUGGGAAUAACCUUUCUGCUGUUGGCUCUGCUGGUGGGCAGCGCCGAGGCGAAAAGCUCUCGCCGAAAGAUCCACCGGGUGGGUCUGCAAAGAGACACGGAUCAGCGGAAGAUCCUGCGGAAUUUGGGACACCAAUAUAAGGUGAUCAGAAGUAAGCCAAGGCUGGCAACGGCCCAGGCGGAGACUACAAUGUUCACAGCGUCCUCGUCAUCGAGUAUACCCACAGAGACGCUCACGAAUUCCUACAACACGGAGUACUACGGCCAGGUGACGAUUGGCAGCCAGCAGUUUCAGGUGCUCUUCGACACGGCCUCGGCCAACCUUUGGGUUCCCUCUGUCAAGUGCAACCAGAAGGUGUGCCUGCAGCACAAUCGCUACAACUCGAGUCGGUCCAAGACGUAUGCGGCCAAUGGCAGCGCCUUCCAGAUCGAGUACGCCACCAGGGAGGAGGCAGUCAUCUUGGAGGGAUUUCUGUCCACGGACAGGCUGAAGAUUGCCGGACUCACGGUCAAGAAUCAGACCUUUGCCGAAAUCACUUCGAUGCCGGAGAGCGUCUUCAAUCGGUCCAACUUUGAUGGGAUUUUCGGUCUGGGUUUUCGCAGCAUCUCCAUUGGAGAUGUGAACCCACCUCUGCUGAAUCUUUUUGAACAAGGACUCAUCGAGGCGCCGCUCUUCUCGCUUAUCCUCAACCGGAACGCCUCUGAGCCGAGCAAUGGGGGCCAGCUGCUGCUCGGCGGCAGCGAUCCCACGCUCUACAGCGGCUGCCUGACCUACGUGCCGCUCUCCCAAGUCGGAUACUGGCAGAUCACCGUCGGCAGCAUCAGCCUGGACACUGGCUCCGAUCUCUGCUCCAACUGUGAGGCCAUCAUCGAUGCUGGCACCUCGCUGAUUGUCGUUCCGUCUGCCACGCUGGCGGCCAUCAACCUAAGAUUUGGCAUCACGGCAGCCGACAAGAGGGAUGGAGUCUAUACCAUCUCCUGCGACAAGGUGUCCUCCCUGCCGGUCCUGACCUUCAACAUUGGACGCAGGGACUUCACCCUGCCAGCCUCCAGCUACAUCCUCAACUACGAUGGCACCUGCGUCUCCGGUUUCACCAGUCUGUCGGACGGAGGCAAUGAUCUGACCGGGCUCUGGGUGCUGGGGGAUGUCUUUCUGGGCCCCCUCUACAUCGAGUUUGAUAUGGAAUACAAACGCAUUGCCAUUGCCCCCAAAUUGUAAAUAUCUAUACAUAUUUCUGUAUCUAUAACCUAUAGGAAUGACAUAAUUAAUA